AUGAAUCGUGAGAUGACACCAGCGGAGCAGGGUAGAAAUGGAAUUGGCCAUACUGCACCCCCACCUGCCGCUGCACAAGCGCCAGCGGCGCCGCCGGCGCGACCGCAGCCACCGCCUAUGGCAAUGGACGACUCAAUCUUACCCGAGAAGCCCAGGAACGACCUUGUCUUCAUGGUAUGCGAAUGGAUCUGGUCGCAGCUAGGAAGCAGAAUGCCACCGAAGGGAUCUGUCUUUGAGAUCGAGGCCAAGCUCGGAAAUAUUGUGAACCUUGACGGAGGUGAAAGAAUCAGACUCCCGGUAUUGAGUGAGGCAAUCUUCGAUCGCAUGGGAUUCCCCAACCUGAAGACGAAGUUUGACACCAGUGUCAUGACGGGAGUGGCGCACAAGGGUCUGAACGAGUUUUUGAACCACACUGUCAUGUGGACCAAACAGGAGAUCGACCGUGGCGCGGCACGACAUCCGGUGCACUACACCCAUACGAGAGAAUGGGACGAGUACUAUGAGCUUACAACAGAAGGGCGCGGUGCUCUUCAGCACCUGACUCACUGGAUGAAUCCGAAUCAUCGACUCAAAGUGCGACAAACGUUCAGCAAGGAGACACAAGAAAUGACAGCGCAAAUCAUCAAGAUUCGAGUAGCGGAUCUGGAGAUCUACAAUCCGAACGACGUUUUUGACUACCGCGUGUCAAUUAGUCUCGAAUCGCCUUGGAACGGUCCAGAGGAGCACCUGAACCGCCAGACCGAAAGAGCGAACGACCGACUCAAGGAUCGGCUAUCGUACAAACAUCGGGAUUACCAGAUCGAUCUCACGCAGAUCAGUCAUCCCGACGGGAAUCAUCAAGACCAUGAGGUCGAGAUCGAGAUCAACAACGACUCGUUCCUGGCUGCGCUGGACGAUGCGCGUGCGCAACGGUCAGACAGGUACGAAAAGUGCAUCAGCGGUUUCGUGGAUAAUAUUCGAAUAUUAGCUGGCCACGCGACUCAUGCGGUACAGGCACGGCCUCCGCCGCCGGGGAUGUAG